CUCAAGUAGCUGGGAUUACAGGUACGAGCUAAUGUGCCCAGCAUAAAUUUUUUUUUUGAAAUUCAUAUAUUCCAAACUCUGUAACCUAUAUUCAAAGUCCUGCACAAUUUGAUUCCACUCUGUUUAGCCUUCUUUCCAACCACUUACUAAUAGCAACUGUCUGUUCCAGUAAGAUUGUCCUCAUGCUAUUGCACAAAUUGAAAAUUCAUUUCUACCUGUAAACCUUGCUCAUAUAAUUUCUUUCCUCUCAACUUCUGUAUUGCUGUGUAAGUUCAAUUCAUCUUUCAGCAUCCAGCUCUCCCUGCAAUCUGGGCCCAGUCUGUUCCAUCCUCUGCUUGGAAUUUCCAUGUUUAUUGUGUUGGGGCCACUUCAUUUUAAAAUGUCUUACAUUUUUACUUAAUUAUUUCUUAUAUACUAAUUUUGUGGUAGUAUAACCUUCUUGAGGAACCAAGUCAGCUUGCACAUAGUUCAAAAUCAGAAAUGGUUGCUGAUGUGAAUUCUUUUGAACUGAAUUAGGAUUCUGGGGAGAGAGCAGAGAUUUUGUCUUUAACUUUCAGCCAUUUAUAGAAGCCCAUAUUGGGGAAAUGUGAGCAGUGGGAGCUGUCCCACAUUUCAGCUAUUCACUUCUUGCCCCAAAGCUCAAGGCUGGAUUCCAAAUUGGCAGUGGAACCAUGUUGUGAAUGUGGCUCUGAGCCCAACAUAGAAGGUUUGAAAAGCAGAUUCUAUUGCUUGAUUUUUGUCUGUUUUUCCCACAUAUCCCUCUGCUCCUGAUCCAUCCUUACUCAUUUUACUAUGUACCAAUCUCUUUUCCUAACUAAAAGGGAUAUGGAUAAGUAUUACUCAAAGAUAGUUCUUUUUAAUCACCACCAACUUCCAUGUUUCUGAUAAGUAAGUUGCAUGGCUUCUGUGAAAUGCAGAAUGUGUAGUUUAUUAAGCUCAGAGUAGUUUAAGGUUUCUUACAUGGUUAAAAUUCUGUAUUUUGGUUAAAUUUCAUGAAAGUACUUAUGAAAGUAUAAAUUGAGAGUGUCGAUUGGUUGUAGUAUGUGUAACAUCAUCAAAACAAAACAUUGUUGGGCUUUCCUAAACUAGAGAGUAGAUUUGAAUGGUGCCUAGUGGAAUAGUCCUGGGAGGUGCAGGAUAGGGUCAGGAAUAGGGGCAAAUGAGGGGUGUCUUUUGAAAGUGAGAAGAAAGCAGAGAUUCUUUUUCCAAGAAAAGAUUUUUUAAAAUAACAAGUAAACAUAUAAUGAUGAUAUCUUAGAUAUAACCAUUGUAAUACAUUUGCUACUCUACUCAUAAAUCCUUUUUCAGAUAAACUGAUGGGAUUUAAUAAUAACCUCUGUUUGUAUUUGUCUAUGGUAACAUUAUAGUUUCUACAUAUACUGACAAUUCAUUUAUCUUUCUUGGUUCUUUUAUUAUUGACAGUUCUCAGAGUAAAACAAAAAUUUGAAAAAAUUUCUUUAUCAUUCAAUAUCAUGGCAAAUGAAACUUCACAAAAAUGUUCAUAAUUUACAUUGAGAAACAGUUACAGUUAAAAUCUAAAAAGCGGAAAAACUUGCAGUGGUUUUAUUUACAUAAUAAAGUUUGUUAGGUUAACAGCACUUAAAACUAUAGUCAUAACUGAAAUAUCUUAACUUGCAACAUUUAUUAGUGAUUACUUUUACAUGUGACCCUUUUCAUAUCUGUGCACUUGAUUCAAGGGUAUUAUUUAUCUGUUGACGUAGUGUGAGUAAACUGCUGUAACAUAAUACUUUGAUCUGUUGCACUAUUUCUGGCAUUUCAUUAAGUAAAAAUAUUAUUUCUUGUUUUCUCUUUACAUUUCUCAGUUAAAAUUCUUAGCAGAGAAAAUAAAUGUUAGUAAAAGAAACAAACUAUUUUAUGACAGCAACGUUUUAAAUGAGGUUUGCUAUGGAUUCCCUUCAUAGCUGCCUGAGAGAUUUGGGGGACAUGAGUAUUGCCAGUGCAGAGUGAAGCCCCGGCGUGUGCUAGCCCUUGUGUGGGCAGCUGCGUCAGGCUCCUUUCUUAAGAAAACAAUCCAGCUCAGGGUCCUCACCGCCCUUUGUUGUCCUCCCCACGAGGUGAUCAGUUGAAGUCUCUGUGGUGACAGAACCAGUUUGUAACAGGCUUGUCUUUCACGGUCCUGUCUCAGGGUUGCUGGCAGGCUUGCGAGAAGAUCUGACAAGAGUGGCAGCAGAGGAGUCUCAGUGAAAGACGGAAAGGCAAGAAACAGGAGGCUUAAACAGGCAGGGCACAUUGACUGUUCUGCUGCUGCAAUGGGUUGGCUGGAAGAACUAAACUGGCAGCUUCACAUUUUCUUGCUCAUUCUUCUCUCUAUGCACACAAAGGCAAACUUCCUUGAUAACAUGCUUUUGCGAAGUGCAGGAAAAUUAAACGUGGGCACCAAGAAAGAGGAUGGUGAGAGUACAGCCCCCACCCCCCGUCCAAAGAUCUUGCAUUGUAAAUGCCACCACCAUUGUCCAGAAGACUCGGUCAACAAUAUUUGCAGCACAGACGGAUAUUGUUUCACGAUGAUAGAAGAGGAUGACUCUGGGAUGCCUGUAGUCACUUCUGGAUGCCUAGGACUAGAAGGCUCUGAUUUUCAGUGUCGGGACACUCCCAUUCCUCAUCAAAGAAGAUCAAUUGAAUGCUGCACAGAAAGGAACGAAUGUAAUAAAGACCUGCACCCUACACUGCCUCCACUGAAAAACAGAGAUUUUGUGGAUGGACCUAUACACCACAAGGCUUUACUUAUAUCUGUGACUGUCUGUAGUUUGCUCUUGGUCCUUAUCAUUUUAUUUUGUUACUUCCGGUAUAAAAGACAAGAAACCAGACCUCGAUACAGCAUUGGGUUAGAACAGGAUGAAACUUACAUUCCUCCUGGAGAAUCCCUGAGAGACUUAAUUGAGCAGUCUCAGAGCUCAGGAAGUGGAUCAGGCCUCCCUCUGCUGGUCCAAAGGACUAUAGCUAAGCAGAUUCAGAUGGUGAAACAGAUUGGAAAAGGUCGCUAUGGGGAAGUUUGGAUGGGAAAGUGGCGUGGCGAAAAGGUAGCUGUGAAAGUGUUCUUCACCACAGAGGAAGCCAGCUGGUUUAGAGAGACAGAAAUAUAUCAGACAGUGUUGAUGAGGCAUGAAAACAUUUUGGGUUUCAUUGCUGCAGAUAUCAAAGGGACAGGGUCCUGGACCCAGUUGUACCUAAUCACAGACUAUCAUGAAAAUGGUUCCCUUUAUGAUUAUCUGAAGUCCACCACCCUAGACACUAAAUCAAUGCUGAAGUUAGCCUACUCUUCUGUCAGUGGCUUAUGUCACUUACACACAGAAAUCUUUAGCACUCAAGGCAAACCAGCAAUUGCCCAUCGAGAUCUGAAAAGUAAAAACAUUCUGGUGAAGAAAAAUGGAACUUGCUGUAUUGCUGACCUGGGCCUGGCUGUUAAAUUUAUUAGUGAUACAAAUGAAGUUGACAUACCACCUAACACUCGAGUUGGCACCAAACGCUAUAUGCCUCCAGAAGUGUUGGACGAGAGCUUGAACAGAAAUCACUUCCAGUCUUACAUCAUGGCUGACAUGUAUAGUUUUGGCCUCAUCCUUUGGGAGGUUGCUAGGAGAUGUGUAUCAGGAGGUAUAGUGGAAGAAUACCAGCUUCCUUAUCAUGACCUAGUGCCCAGUGACCCCUCCUACGAGGACAUGAGAGAGACUGUGUGCAUCAAGAAGUCACGCCCCUCAUUCCCAAACCGAUGGAGCAGUGAUGAGUGUCUAAGGCAGAUGGGGAAACUCAUGACAGAAUGCUGGGCUCACAAUCCUGCAUCAAGGCUGACAGCCCUGCGUGUUAAGAAAACACUUGCCAAAAUGUCAGAGUCCCAGGACAUUAAACUCUGAUACGACAGGAAAAGUAAGCAUCUCUGCAGAAAGCCAACAGGUACUCUUCUGUUUGUGGGCAGAGCAAAAGAUGACAAAUAAGCAUCCACAGUACAAGCCUUGAACAUCGUCCUGCUUCCCAGUGGAUUCAGACCUUACCUCUCAGGGAGCAACCUGGACAAAGACAGAGAAGCUCCCAGAAGCAGAGAUUGAUCUGUGUCUGUUUGUAGGAGGGAGAAACCGCUUGGGUAACUUGUUCAAGAUAUGAUGCAUGUUGCUUUCUGAGAAAGCCCUGUAUUUUGGGAUUGCCUUUUUUUUUUUUUUUUUUUAAGAUGCUUUCAUUUUGCCAAAAUAAAACAGAUAAUGUGGAUGGUUUAAGGGUUAUAGAAUUAUAGUUUAAAUAAUAACAACAAAAGUUCUUCCCAGGAGCUCUGCUGGAAGGUAAAUUAAGAUACAUGUCUUUCCAUUGGUAAAAUAUUGUUGCACUCUGUGAACCAAAAGACAGUCUAAGUUGGAGGACAUAGAACAGAAUUCAUCUUAAACAUACUCCCCACCCCACCUUAGCCUCCUCAGACCACUUUGGCCAUCCCUGCAUUUGGGGCCGCUACGGUAAUGUGAAUGCACUGGGUACAGACACCACCUGUCUAGGACCACAUUUGGAAUUCCUGCAGGUGGCCUUUUGCAGCUUCAGGCAAUAUGGAACAAAUGAAGGUUUAUGUGACUCUAAUAGAAGUAAUUGUUGAUAGGUGUUCUUCAGAACCACUUCUGUUUCUGAUUGUGUUAGGCAUCUCUGUCAUGGUAAAGUCCUUCUCAUUAAAUACAAAGAAAGCUUUUGUUUUGUUUUGUUUUUUAAUGUGCAGAGGAUUGACCUGUACAUGCUUUUGAUCUCUCAAUCAAAGGAUCAAUAUUAAAUAAAAUUGUCAUGAGCUGUGUUGAAGACGGGGUGCUUUAAAAUAGAGGUAAUUUGCUCUUGUGUUGUAAGAGGAAUAUGUCAACAAAGAUAGGGAACGAGGGAGAGUGAUGGUGCAGAUGGCUUGUAUCUUAUAUAUGCAAAGGAGCCAAUCUCAGAAGCACAAAGAAAAAAGUGUGCAUACCUUAUUUUGUAGAGAUAAAGAUGAUGUCUUUUUGUUGUCUGUCAAUUUUGUAUGUGUCUGAGAUAAGGAAUAGAGAGGAAACAUCCAUCAGGCUAAUUUAACUACAUUUUAUUUUAAAAAUAGGGAAACAUAACCUCUAGAUGGGACAGCAGAGGAGAGUUAGUGGAGGCCACACAAUAUUAUGGGCUGCUGUGUUUUAUUGUUCUAAAAUCAAUAUGGAUGGAACAUGUAUAUCUUAAGUGAUCAUUUCACAUCUUAGGAAUGCCUACUCAUUUUAUUUUGUUCUAGUGAUGUUCAAUUCACUAUUUAAUUUAUUAUAUUUUCUCUUCUGUGGCACUUAUACAAAAUAUCUCUUCACCUACUUAGUUCUACAGGGUUUUAACUUUGGAAAAACAUGAAUAAAAUCAUCGAGAAGGCAAAUAUUCUUUAGCAACAUGAAUAUAAUAAAGUUUAAAGUUGUACACUUUAAUCACAUACAUUUCCUUUCUGUGGUUUUCUUUUGCUUCUUAGAAAUUCUGUAGUGGUUAGUGGUAGUAAAGAAUUUGAAAGUACUUUCUCCUUGUCUUUUUUUUUUUUUUUUUUUUUUUAAGACAUUCCUCCCAGAAUACUCCAGGGGGCAGUGUUUUAUAACACAUUUUCCCCACUGGUGAUUGAAGGAUGGAGGAUUUUUGAAAAUUUGACAGCUAAGUGAAACAUGAGAAAACAUUUUCCUCACUUCUGAAGUCGGUUUGCAGCUGGUAACUUGUUCAUCCAGAAAACAUUCUAAAGCAAUGAUAGUUUGUGAGCUGUGCUUAGAGUUUGAGAGAAUCAUGAGGAUUCUUUCUAUAUUUUACAUUUACUUCCCAGUGCUUCAUAGCCACGUUUUGUUUGUAACUAAGACAGAAGAAUUUCGUAAUCCUUGAAUUUGGGAAAAAAAAAAAAAAAAAAAAAAAUUGCGUUUUCACAGAGUGAAAACAGUUGGUUCCAAGUAGAACUGUAAUCAGAAUGCUGCUUUUAUUGAUAUUAAAAAUAACCUCAAUAAUAAUGUAAAGGUUCCUUUCUCUUGUGUCAGUUAUAUUCUUAGGGAUAGCCUAGAAGGAAUAUAUGGUUAGAACUAAGUGUGACUAAUAAUCUGAGCCUUGGAGAGAAACUUCAGUGCCUCUAAACAGAUCAUCUACAAAACAACAGGUAAACAUUUAUGCCAGUUAAGUGGGACAUGUUUUUGUUUCUUGGAUUUUUCCUAAAUUUAAGUGAGGUUGGGCUUACCUUGUAGAUAAAAUUAUGUUUUCUUUUUGGUAGAUACUUGAACGUGGAUAACUUCAAAUCAGAAUAUUUUGUGAGGAGGUGAUGAUUUGAAAUUAAGCUAGAUUUCUAGGGAGGUGUUGGUUCCAAUGAAGGAUGGGAGGAAAUUAAAAUAGUCUUCAAACUUCUUCCUUACUCUAUUUGGUUGCCUUGGAAAAGAUUGGUAGCUUAUUUUCUAAUCCUCAAUCUCAUUUAUUCACUAUUAAUAUUUUAAAAGCAUUCCAGAGAUACUUAAAAAGACCCACUUAGCAAUUAUGGUCGCUCAAUGAAACAAGAAUUUAUUUAUGCAUAGAUUUUUCUCUGUGUCUUACCAAAAUCUACCUUACUUAGAUAACACUAAAUUGUUCUUGAAGACUAUCUACUCAUUUCGCAAUAAUCCAUUAUGAUUUCAAAAUUUCUAGCGGCUCAGAAGUGAAUUUUAUUUUAUUUGUCUUUCACUUGAAUAAAUGAGAACCCAGAAAUUAAUAAUGUCAUUUGUUGCUUACUGUCAGGAUAUUUCAAAGACUAAGAGUUUCUGACCCCUCCCUCUCAAAGGAAUCCUAAAUUAUUAGUUGUUAGAUAAGUUUUGUAUGCUAAGAUAUUCAGGUUUAUAGUUUAUGUAUGUGUAUAUAUAUAUAAAAAUAUAUAUGUAUAUAUAAAUAUUAUGUUCAGUUUGGAGUCUGGCACAACUCCAUUAUGUGGAUUAGAGAGUAAGAUAUUAUGGACGAUAAAGUACUAAAUGAAACAUAAUAUUUAUUUAUAAAAGUAUGUAGAUUGUUAAAUCACAAAAAGAGUGCUAUGAACAUUAUGUAUGAGGAAAAAGGCCUUUGACCUCCUGGAAAGCACUGCUCGAAAGUCAUUAGUGACCAUUUUUGAAUUCCCCAAACAGAAAGCUUCUUACAAAACAUGCUGAGAUUUUAUUUACAGGGAAUUCUUUGACACAUUUCAAUUGGUGUGUAGUCAGGUAUAGCAAGUACCUAAUAAUGACUGGAUUUCGUGUUCCUAGAGUCAUGCAUAUACAUUAGAAGUUUUGUGUCGUUGGUCUGAUCUGAUUCUUCUUUGUUUGUGGGUGGAACGGCACUGAGAGAAAUACAGUUUUUUAAACUUGAACAUGUUUAGUAGUUACAUUGCCUUAGAAAACCCAGACACAUAGCAGUGGAAAUGAAAGAAAUGACAUCAGAAGUGACUUAAUUUAGCAAUUAUGAUUCCUCUUGUAAAACAAAACAGAAAAAAUGCCAUAUUUUUUAGAGAAAAGUUGGCAAUAUAGGGGUUUCAUUGUCCGUUUCACAAGAAGACUCAUUUGUUCUUUUGGGGGAACCAGUGCCUUACAGAUUUUGUAUAUACUGUAAUUAUUCAGGACUAGGGAACAAACAAUUGUAUUGUAUUUGUUACAGAUUGUAUAUGGCUUUGUUUUAACAUUCCCCUAAAUAAAAUGGCUUCAUUCUCCCGUUGGAAAAAAA